UUUUCUUCUUUUGACAUUUGUUCAAUUUAUUUCCUACCUUAGCAACAUGUUUGCCUUGAAGACUGCCACCAACAAAGCCAUUCUCCCUGCUACUCGUAUCGCUUCUCGUCGUUGUGCAUCCACUGUAUCUUCCAGAACUGCUUUUGUUUCUGCUCGUACUGCUUUGGCUCAUGGCAACCAAUUGACAUCUAAUUUGGUCAAGCAAGCAUAUGUUUCCUCCGCUCCUUCUCGAUUUUUGAAUUUUGGUCGUCGUACUUUUGCUACUGAAACUGGUGGUAAAUUCAGCCGUGGUAAGCCUCAUGUCAACAUUGGUACUAUUGGUCACGUCGAUCACGGUAAGACUACUUUGACAGCUGCUAUUACUAAGACAUUGGCUACCAGUGGAGGUGCUGAAUUUAUGGAUUACAAUCAAAUUGAUAAGGCUCCUGAAGAAAAGGCUCGUGGUAUCACCAUUUCUACUGCUCACGUUGAAUACGAAACUGAAAAUCGUCAUUAUGCCCACGUUGAUUGUCCUGGUCACGCUGAUUAUAUCAAGAACAUGAUUACUGGUGCUGCUCAAAUGGAUGGUGCUAUUAUUGUGGUAUCUGCUACUGAUGGUCAAAUGCCUCAAACUCGUGAACAUUUAUUGUUAUCUCGUCAGGUUGGUGUUCAAAACUUGGUGGUAUUCAUCAACAAGGUUGAUGCUGUAGAUGAUGAAGAAAUGUUAGAACUUGUAGAAAUGGAAAUGCGUGAACUUCUUUCUGAAUAUGGUUAUGAUGGUGAAGCUACUCCAAUCAUCAAGGGUUCUGCUUUGGCUGCUCUCGAAGGUCGUGAUCCUGAAAUUGGUGAAAAACGUAUUCUUGAAUUGAUGGCUGCUGUUGAUGCUCAUGUUCCUACUCCUGUCCGAGAUCUUGAUAAGCCUUUCUUGAUGCCUAUUGAAGAUGUAUUCUCUAUUUCUGGUCGUGGUACUGUUGCUACUGGUCGUGUGGAACGUGGUUGUAUCAAUAAGGGUUCCGAAGUCGAAAUUGUUGGUAUGGGUCCUACCAUUAAGACCACUUUGACUGGUGUGGAAAUGUUCCGUAAGGAAUUGGAUCGUGGUGAAGCUGGUGAUAACAUGGGUGCUUUAUUACGUGGUAUCAAGCGUGAACAAAUUCGUCGUGGUCAAGUUUUGUGUGCUCCUGGUACUGUUAAAUCUCACAAGAAAUUCAUGGCUCAACUUUAUAUUUUGACCAAGGAUGAAGGUGGUCGUCAUACUCCCUUUGUUAACAACUACCGUCCUCAAAUGUUUGUUCGAACCACUGAUGUCACUGUCAGUUUGACCCAUCCUGAAGGUACUGAAGAUCCUGAAGAUAAACUUAUCAUGCCUGGUGAUAAUGUUGAAAUGCAAUGUGAAUUAGUCCAUGAUGUUGCUCUUGAAGAAGGCCAACGUUUCACUAUCCGUGAAGGUGGCAAGACUGUUGGUACUGGUGUCGUUACCAAGGUUCAAGAUUAGAUUUUUUUUUCCUUUAUUAUCAUUGUCAUUCAUUUUUCCCCUUCAAUCCUAUCCUAUCCUUUCAUAGUUUUAUAGUUACAUCACAUUAGUUUUUUUUUUUUU